AUGUCUGGUGUCUCAUGGACCCCCUCUUCCCCGCCUACCCACCCCGCCUUCACCAUUUCAAACAUCACAAAUUUAAUCAAAAUUACAUUUAGUAUUGAAAAGGGUCAAUAUAACACGUGGUCUGAACUGUUCAAAAUCCAUGCCCGUGUUCAUCAAGUAAUUGAUCAUAUCAUCCCCACCGAAGUUGUACCCUCUCCUGACCUAAAAACCAUUGAUCCUAAUCUCUGGGAACGAUUAGAUGUUGUUGUCCUACAAUGGAUUUACGGCACUAUAUCGGAUGAUAUCCUUCACACCAUUAUAAAACGAGAUUCCACUGCAGAACAAGCAUGGAAUCGGUUGUUCAAUAUUUUUUAUGAUAAUAAAAAUUCUCGUACUCUCUAUCUAGAGCAAGAAUUUUCAAAUGCCCGUAUGGAGCAAUUUCCUGAUGCCUCCACCUACUGUCAACAUCUCAAAUCUCUCUCUGACCAACUCUUUAAUGUUGGUGCUCCCGUGUCCAACGAAAGUCUAGUGCUUCAGCUCAUCUUUGGCCUCACUGAUGCUUAUGCCACAGUCGGUUCCCAAAUUCGUCACGGUGACUCUCUUCCCCCUUUUUACAAAGCUCGCUCCAUGAUCAUCUUAGAGGAAACCGCCAAAGCCAAGAAGGCAGUCACUACUGUUGAUAACUCAGUUUUCUUAUCCUCUCAUGAUGAUGCUUUUGCAUCGGCUGGUAACAAUCGCAACAACAACAACAAAAGUCGCGGAAGCAACCCUCGCGGUGGUAGAAAUAAUGGUCGCGGAGGUCGUGGAUGGAGCAAUGGUAGAGGUGGAGGUCGCUCUCAGCCGCAACAACCCCUGUGGUUUCCAUCUCCCUAUCAGCAACAGUCAUGGGUGUAUCCAUGGCAGCUGUAA